AUGAUUGAUAGUUCAUUAAUAAUAUCAUCAUCAGAUAAUAUUCUUAUUGUACUUGUUGCAGAAUUAUAUGAACGUACUAAACAAUCAUUAACAUUACCAUAUGAAGCUUUACUUUUAUUACGUCCAUUAACAUUAUUACUUGCAUAUACAGUUUUUGCUUUUUUUUCAAAAUCAAUAGGCAUGGCUAUAUGUGGGUUAACUUGUCUUAUGUUAAGUGCAUGUCCAUCACAUACAAUUGCUGAUGCAUUGUAG